UACGCCGCCCUUGAACAACAGAAAGGCAACAAUUAAGCAGCGGAAGCCUUCAGGGCCGACCCGAGUCUACUUGGAGAUAACUGAACCCGUACGCAUCCACGCCCGUGUCGACUGUGUCCCAGGAGAGGACCGCACCAGCACCUCCAAGAAUCCUGCGUAUCGGUGAUCUCCAUCGUCAAUAAUCCACCAUGGGGGAGAACAUGAGUAAGGCGUCAUCUCGGCCCUUCCAGAAAGCCUCCAUCUUCACCACUUUCAAGCCCUACAACACCCCGCCCGGCGACACCAGCGCGUCUCCUCGCCCGAGCAUCUUCUCCACGCUGAGACGCUUCCCUGUCGCCAAGUCCAACGACUUCGUACCGCUCUUCAGCGACUGCAUCGCCGCCGCAUCGUCCAGGACUCAAGAGUACCUUCUCUUCAAGGACCCCGAGGACAAGUUCCGUCCGAGUCCAGAAGUUCUCACUCAGAUCUUCCUCAUGACCUACAUCUCCCAGAGCGUCAACCUCAACAUGACAGAUGUCUUCAAUUGCACCGCGAUGACGCCGGGGCAACGCGUUCUUCUAGGUGCCGACUGGGUCUGGGCCGUGUUGGAGAAACCCACCAAAAACCCUCGCAUACAAAUAGCCGUGCAGGUUCUCCAUCUCUCCGAUAAGGAACCCGGUGAAGAAAACGGCCACGUUCCUGGACCCUGCAGUGAAUCCGUGCAGAUGGCCCACAAGGAAUCCGGCGACAAGAACAUGUACGAGAGGAUGGUGGACUUCUGCACCUCCAUCGGCAAGGACUGCUACGCGCUCUUCUUGUUCUUGGGGAAGAAACAUGACCAAGGGAACAUCUACGGCGUUCUCAGCAACAACUUCCAAGCGGCCAUCGGGAAGUGCGACAAGAUCGACAGGGCUCUUCUGGAGAAUUUCUUCAAGGGUUCCCGGUACCUGCAUACACCUUCCGGAAUGAUGCAGGCCAUCGUCACCAAGAAGGAGGAGGAGCCUCUCACCCUCAUGAUUAAGUUCAGCUAAUCCAAAAUAUAGAGAAUUCCCUACCAGAAGAUGCUAAACGAGAAGAACAGGAAGUCCAGGCUGGAAUUUUGAAAAAAAGUGUAAGAAAUCCGUCCAGUCACAUGGUCCGAUACUUCAAUCUCUUCUAAAUUACGCGUAGCACCCGGAUGUAAAUACCAGGAAAUAAAAGCUGAAAUGUUGUCUUUGACGCCAAAACCAAAUGUUUUGUGUCAUCAGGCCAACAUCAGGAAAUGACCGUCUGUCCCAAUACAUUUGAACAUACUGUAUGUCUGAUCUGUCAUGAAGUCAACCAACAAUAAACAAAUCCCAUGAGGAUCAAUUAUAUAAACCCUACAAUUAUCCUAUGAAGGCAAAUAACCAAUACAACUAUUCACUAAUUAACCAUGAAACUAUGCUAUUAAAAUGUUCACCACCAGGGGGUGCUAAAACUCCUAUGGAGCAUCCCGCACACACGUCACUGAUUUGCAGCUUUAACUAUACAAAAAGUGCAAACAAAUAAAAAGGAGAAAACG